AUGAUAGUCUGGGUGCAGCUCCCAGCGCUGAAAAUGCAUUUUUACCACAGGGAGGUGCUGACGAUGCUCGGAAACCUCAUUGGUCGAACCAUCAGGCUGGACUACCAUACUCUCAAUCUUCAUCGUGCUAAGUUUGCUAGGCUGGCUGUGGAAGUUGACUUAACCAAACACCUUGUUCCUCGGAUCUGGUUGGACGACGCCUGGCAAAAGGUGGAAUACGAAAACCUGCCGGAAGUUUGCUUCGAUUGCGGCAAGAUUGGCCACUCAUCAGAACUCUGCCCGCUGAACAGGACGGCGGCGCCCCCGACCCUCCUCGCAAUCUCCGACGGCGAAAUCCAACCGGGGGCGGCGGAGCAAACGGCGGAGGAACCAAACCCGGGGUUUGGGCCCUGGAUGCUGGUCACCCGGAAAAGUCGGCGUUAUCAGAGGGAUUUCAGCAACAGCAAAAAUGGAAAGCAAGAGCUCGAUCAGGGCCAGAUCGCUGGCGGAUUCAAAGCCAGUCAGGGAAAGAGCGGAUCUUCAGCCAAUGAAGGAAUUUCCUCUUCUACACAUCCGACGCUCUCUACAAGCAACGCUCCGCAACGGUCCCUAAAUCAAGAAAGGAAAACGAACUCGGGGAAGAAGGGAGGAGAUGAUGCAAGGAAAGGAAAGGAGAAAAUCUCAAUCGACCACAAAGGGCAAGGCGGCAGACAAGGGAAAGGGGUCCUCGGCUCGGGGCCAGAAAGACAGCAACUCUCGAAUCUUGGGCCGAAGCCCAGUGUCGAUACUCAUCAUGCCUCCACCUCGGCCCAGAUGACUACGAAGGAGACUGACCCUGGAAAGCCCAAGACAACCUCCCAACCCCCCGCUCCCCCCGCCACCCAAACCUUAACAGGGCCCAAUGGAACUGUGAUGCAAAUAGUUGACCUACGAGAUGCCUGA